CGUCAGUCAGUUUGGUCGCCAUCUUCAGUGCCUCACAGUUCAGUUCAGUCAUUCAGUGUUCACAGUUCACACGCAUAAGCCCACUAGCUAGCGCGGGUCGCUUGUGUACGCGUGUGUCUUGCCCCAGCAGUUACGUUCGUCUUGGAUCCGACGUCCAUGUCCGCCGCUGUCCCAGGAGUAGUCUAGCUGCAGUAUCUUCCUCGUCAGAGUCCUGAUGCGAGUGCCGCCCGCGCUCGCCUGAGCUCGUCCUCGCAGAACCAAUGUGUAGCAAAUACAUUAUUGUCCAGAAAUGUCUGUUCACUAUAAAUUCAAGUCCACGUUGGACUAUGAUACAGUUUCAUUCGAUGGCCUGCACAUUUCUGUAGCAGAUCUAAAGAAAGCCAUUUUUCAUCAAAAACGUAUCGGCAAGAAUACCGAUUUUGAUUUGCAGAUUACAAAUGCGCAGACAAAAGAAGAUUACACUGAUGACAAUGCUUUAAUUGCAAAGAAUACUAGCCUCAUUGUUGCUAGAGUACCUUUGACGGUACAACAGAAGCGUACAUGGGAUAGAACAGAAACACCAGCCUUUAACAACUCUAAAGAUGAAACCAAUCUGGGGAGAUCUGUUGACCUUACCAGAUUAGAUGGAUCAGAAGAGGACAAGAUCCGAGCCAUGAUAACGCAGUCAACUCAAGAUUAUGAUCCUUCAAAUUACAUGAAAAUUCGAGGUUCCAAUCAAACUGGUGAAGUACCCGUACAUUACCGUUGCCACAAGUGUCAUCAGCCUGGACAUUGGAUUAAGAAUUGUCCUUUAGCGCUUAGUCAAGAGCCCAUAGAAAUCAAGAAAAGCACUGGUAUUCCUAGAAGUUUUAUGGUUCCUGUAGACGGACCAUCGGUUCCCGGUGCAAUGAUGACUCCUGGGGGAACAUAUGCUGUGCCAGCGAUUGAUCACCAAGCUUAUAAAGAGGGAAAGAAAGAGAGGCCUCCAUUUGCUCAAGAUCCUGAGCCUGUUAUUGAAAAGCCAGAGAUCCCCGAGGACUUGUUGUGCAACAUUUGUAAGGAUCUACUUACAGAUGCUGUCAUGAUACCAUGUUGUGGUAAUUCAUUUUGCGACGAAUGUAUACGUACGUUCCUGCUCGAAUCGGAGGAGCACGAGUGCCCGGAUUGCAGCGAAAAAGAUGUAUCGCCCGAGUCACUCAUCCCUAAUCGGUAUCUCCGUAACGCUGUUCUUAACUUCAAGAACGAGACGGGGUAUGCAAAGAGGCCCGUGUACAAACCUCCGCCGCCUCAGCCUCCACUUAGUCAAAAAAUCGCAGCGGCGGCCGCUUCAUCCAUUAUUGAGCCUGGCAGCACAAUAUCCGAAAAGCUUUCGGCUUCACCAAGCAUGUCAGCCGCGACUCCUGGUGCUGCGAGGAACUCUAGUCAGGCUGUUAGCGGCGCCGACCUAGCCGAAGCCAAGGAGGCUGACAAGCCUGUCCUUGGCAAAGUCUCUCCUUCGUAUGAAAAAGCUACUUUGAGUUCUACUGCUUUAACGGAUUCAGCUUUAGAGAACGACGCGCACAGCGAUAUCGCAACAAAGUUGGCGGCAGCUUUGGAAGCAGAAGUACCACCUCCACCAGGUACUGAACCACCCCUACUGCCAGAACGCACUUCUGACCAGUCUUGGCGCGAUCGCGAGUCCAGCAGUGAACUCAGAGACGAUGAGUAUGCGCGUGAUAGGUAUUCACGAGAACGACGGAGGAGUUUUAGCAGAGACAACCACAGAGAUAGAAAUACAUCUUAUCACAAUAGAGUUGAAAACAAUAUGAGACCGCCAAGUCGCAGGCGUUCACUGUCGCCGAGGAAUUCCCAGCCUCAUUCAGACUAUCCGAUGCCGCAUCAAGCGGGGCCACACAACAAGGGUUAUGGACCGGGUCAUAUACCACCUGCUGAUGGACGCUAUCAUCCAGCUCCACUACACUAUGACCCUAAUCUUAGACGAUCGACAGAAGACAGAGCCGGCACUCCCACUGUGGACGAACCUCAUCUACAUGGUCCAAAUCAUGGACAGUCAGCAGCACUUUUACCUUACCCGCCGGGUGAGGAGCGAGCUCCUCCGCCGCCACCGCCGAAUUACAAUGCCCCUCCAGCUGCAGGGCACAACCCGCCCUUAUUACCCGACCCUUACAUGGCACCACCGCGUAUGCCUAUGUACCCGCCACACCAGCAACCAGCUCCCUAUGGCCCUCCGCCACCGGCACAACGAUACGAUGGUAGGCCACCGCCACCUCCUCCAGCAGCAUAUCAGCAGCAGCCACCCGGUACGGGAUAUCGGCCCGGAGGCCCGCCUAGAAGCUAUCCCGGUGGACCUCCGAGAGGCAUGAGAGGCAUGCAUAACAGAUAUAGGACACAGAUUCGAUCCAAAUGGGACUUGCAAGUGGGCUACAGAGGAAUGCAGCCACCACCUCCAGGAAUGGGUCGGAACAUGCACAACGGCACGACCGGUGUGAUUGAUGACCCGCUGGAAGCUUUCCAAAGAAUGCUGCGCGAAAAAGACGAGCGAGAUCGACGGAUGGGAAAGCACCGAAGACGCUCGAGGUCGCGCAGUUAUUCGCGCUCGAGGUCUCGCUCUAGAUCUCGCUCGUUUGGUCGACGAGCCUCGCCGUCGCGGCCAAGUCGCUCGCGCUCGCCACCACCCAAGAGGCGACAAAGCUCGAGAUCGCCACCGCCUUCGCACAGGGCGCGCAGCCGUACUCCCAAAAAGCAACGCAGGUCACGCAGCGGUAGCUUCUCUAUCAGCAGAUCUCGAUCGUACUCUCGCAGCCAGUCGCCGAGAGGAUCUCUCCCGCGUGAAAGAGAUCGAGAUCGUAAGGUUAAACGACCUCGAGAUGCGCCGGCCCCGUAUAGAUCUCCGGCUCGUUCGCCUCCGAGAUACCACAAGGACCGUGACCGCGAGCGACCUCGCUCUCGUGAGCCAUAUGCCAGUUACUACGGCGAUACCCCGGCGGCACCUGUUCACGAACCGAGCUACCGCGGUAGCGAUGGCCGCGGUUCGGCGGCUUCGCGCUACCGUGGUCCCGGCUCCAUCGGCAGUCAGCAGCAGUCGUCGGCGCCAUUAGCAUCUCAAGCUCCGAACCAGCCGCCGGUGGCGACGGCCCCGCUGGCCAGCGCCUCCUCGGCAGCCCAGCCACCUGGACAGCCACCGGCCGACAGGAAAGACUAUUAUGAUUCCUAUAACAGGUAUCCGGGUGCGCCGCCACCGCUGACGGCUGCCCAGCCGGCCCUGCCGCAAGCACGAUUUCCCAAGACCUUUGACGACGUUGCGCCUCCAGGUACCGAGGGUUAUUACGACUUGCCGCCUCCGGGCGUCGAUCAUCUGGAACCGCGACCGGCGCCUGUCGGCAAAGCUCGAGACGCCCCCAAAGACAAGGACGCUGACAGAACUCGAGAUAGAGAAGACAGAGAUCGGAGAAACGAUCGAGAUGAUUGGGACAGGAGGGAUCGAGAAGAGAGGCACACUAGAGAUCGCAGGGAUGACGAUAGAAAGGAGGUUUACGAUAAGGAGUCACGGUACAAGGACGACCGGGACGGCCGUCACCGGGGCGACGAGAAGAUCCGCAGACGCGACCGGGACUACGACUACGACAAGGACGCGAGCGGACAUCGCCACGAUCGCUACGAGCGUCACCACUCGGGCGAACGCAGCAAGCGCGGCAAGCGCAGCAGCAGUCCGUCCUACAAGUACCGCUCCGACGCCAAGGACCUGACGCCCGAGCGCUCGAGCACCCGGAAGAAGGACCGCGGGCCCGACCACGAGGACAAGUCCGACGAUCGCAAGAAGGAGAAGAAGAUCAAGGAGAAGAAGAAGAAGAAGGACAGCGAGGAGAAGGAGAAGAAGAAGAAGAAGAAGAAGGAGAAGAAAGCGCUGAUGCAGAAGGAGAAGGAGGCGGCCGCCGCCGCCGCCGCCGCCGCGGCAGCUGCUGCAGCGGCCGCGACCUCGGUCGUCAGCUCCACCACGCUGCCUCCUCUGGUCAAGGUCAAGCAGGAGCCGCAGUCGAGUGACGAGGCCGUGCCGCCCAAGCCCGCGGAGGCUCCGCAGCAGCCGCCGCCGCCGCCGCCGGCUGUGGUGGUCAAGACCGAGCCCGCGGACGACCCCGACAAGAAGAGCAGCCUCGAGGUGACCAAAGUCGAAAAGUCGCCCAUCUCGCCCGCGAUGGAGACCGAGCCCGACAGCCAGGCGGCCGAGGCCAGCGAAAUGGAGGUCAAGCCCGCCCCCGAGAGCCUCUACGCUGGCCUCGUCGACGAUUCCGAAAUCACCACCACCACCACCACUGCCACUGCCACUGCCAUCGCUGCCGCUUCCGAGGACAGCGCUGCCACGGCUGCCUUGGACUUUGAGAAAGAGAGCAAGGAGGAGCUGAGAGCCCGGCUGAUGGAGGAGAAGCUGGUGGUGCCGGAGAAGGAGAAGACGGAGACGCCGACGAGCACCUCGCCGAAAAAGGAGGAGUUCCUCGCGCCGCUGCCCGAGCUCUCCAAGUGGGAGCGCGAAGAGGGCACCGACGCAGCAGGCUUGGACGACAGCAGCGAAGUCGCGGAUAAGGAAAUCGCCGAGUCGGAGGGCAACGAGAAGAGCAAGGUCGUCACUACCGAGGUUCUCAAGCGAGCCGAAAACGCGAUUUUCCAAAAGGCUAUCAACGCCAUCAGGCCUAUCGAGAUCAAGAAGAUCAGCGAGAGUAGAAAAGUACUCUAUCAGAAUCCCGAGCCCAAGAUCCUGGAUCCGGAGGGCGAGCGAGACUCGCGCAAGAGCGUGAACGUCACAUUGAACGUUAACAAGAACGAACGCAACGUUGAGAUCUCCUCGGAGCCAAUGAAGAAAUCCAAGUUCGACCGAUCGAAACUGAAGAGCAGUAGUCAGCAGCAGCAAUCCCUCUCGCCGACUAGGCUAUCGGCGAAGGAACGCCUCGGCGAAAAGAUCGAGGAAGAGGCAAAACUCGCGGCUGGCAAGGUCGCCGCGGAUCAACGGCGCGGCGAUUCGUCCACUGGCAGCGGCAACAGCAACAGCAAGACUACCGGCGACAAGACACCGAAGAGCCGCUCGCCGAAGCCCAGCAGCAAGUCCGAUAGACGCGUCUCGGUGACUACGGAGCUCGACACGCCCAUCAUCCCGAACCCCGAGAGAAAGGUCUUCCUCGAGGAUCGAAAGCGGGACAGGAGUAGACCGGGCAACGAGACCAAACGGAAGCGCUUGAUUGUCACUGUGAGCGAGGCCAGUGGCAGGGAGCCAAUGAAGAUACGCGACAGAUCUGAGCUGCGUAAGCCCGAACGUAUAACGAGAACGCCUCCGUUGUCGACCUACAAGGCUCGCGCCAAAGAGGAAGAAGAAGAAAAGGACGAGCGUAAACGCGAUAAGAAAACCAGAGACGACAAGAAGCGCAAGAAGGAGCACCGCAGUCGCAGCAAGUCGCGCGAGCGCAAGAAGCGCAAGGAUAAGAAGCACAAAAAGGAUCGGGAUCGUGGCUUGGAAAAACGGCAGCCAAAACAUGGAAAAGACAAGGAUGCAACCACUGGUAAGGAUAAUUCUGGGGAUGAGAAAAAGGAGACAACAAGCACAGAGACGACGGCUGUGACUGUAAGCGGAGAGAAUAGAAAGAAGCAGCGCAGGAACCCAAGGUUGGUGUCUGACCGCAAGAGAAGUAUACUGGACGAGGCUAGUUUUGAGCCAGAUUAUUCAGCCAGUGAUUCCGAAUCCGAGGAGGACGACAGGUCAACUCUACUUGCUACGAAAAGGGCCAAGGUGGACGAUACAGUGAUGAACGUAGAUGCGGAAGCCAAGUCUAAGAAAAGGCCAAAGCUAAGCAGUUCCGAGGACGAUGACUCGAGCAGCACGGAGAGUUCGUCAUCCGAGUCAGACAGUUCAGUGGAGUCGCAUCGGAAGAAGAAGAAGAAGCACAAGAAACGUAAGAAGCGAAAGGUCCGGAAAGACAGUAGUUCGGAUUCAGACGUGUACAGCGAUUCAUCGGAUUCGAGUUCCGAAGAGGAGAAGCCUCGCAAAAAGAAAAAGUCAAAGAGCAAGAGCAAGCAGUCGAAGAAGAAGAAGAAGUCGAAGCACAAAUGACGACAUUAGGCCCGUUUGUCUAAGAGAUUACAGAGUGAGCCCCGAGUUUCAGCGAGUGACAAUUAAAGAAAAUAAAGAAAAGGACGACGAUGGUCGCGAGUUUUUAUUUUUGCCGUGAGCGAUGCUCUACCGCCUCUUGGGGCCGUGGGAUCUUAACAGGGAUGAGCAAAAGAGACUGUUCUUAUUUGUACAAUACGUAUAAAACGAUUGAGUCCAAGCAUGUAGAAAAAAAGAAGACGAAACAGUGGUACAAUUGCCGGAACUAAUUGCGUGUUAUCGCAAAAUGAUCUCCCGCGAAAGUGCUAGAAAAAAGUGUAUAUUCAACACAGCCCGUGGACAAGAAUGAUACAAGUAGAUGAACAUAUUUGAUGAAAUGUCACUUUGUAUACAUAAAUGAUAGUGUACGGGAAAAUAGUCAUAAAAUAAUAAAAAGCCAAGUUCUUGAUAAAUAUUGAGUAAUUAUACUUAUUUAUUACACACCAGACGAUAAUACUGAUAAUUUCUUCAUUACGAGAUUAUUCAUUGUCUGCUGAAUCGUACGAUUUCUUAAAGAUUAUUUUAUGCCCCCUUUAACUCUUUGAAAGUUUCUACAAGACAAAAAAGCAAUGGUAACUCUUUUGUCUUUUCUGUUUCCACAGUUCCCAAGUCUUUGGUAAUGAAACUCCGAUCCAAAGGCUGCUUAGAUAAUUCGCAUUCUAUAUUGUAAAGAAAUAUAUUCAAUAAAUUUAUUGAUCAAAAAUACAAA